UUAAAUAAAAAUAAUGACAACGUCAUGUCUCAUGAACAUGUCACCACAUUUUUACAUAGUGUAUUUUUUAAUUUGUGUUAAAUGGAGUAUUUGCUAUGAAUAUUACGAAAGGGAUAUAAACUUGAAACGCGACGUAAAUAAGAGUCCAGAAGUAAAUCAAAAGGAAAGGCCAAAUAAGAUAAAUAAAAACCCAAAUGCUGAGUUCGAUUUGGCCAGUUUCUUGAAUAUUGCAGACGAAGUGAGUCUUGGCGGUAGAAAUUAUGACUACAAUGUGAAGAGUGAAUAUAAUUCAAAAGGAUACAACGAGUACGGUUCUGUUAUCGAUGACGCUGCUGAAAACAUCAAGAAACGAGAUGAUAGUUCAGAUUUCUUUAAUGGAGCAUAUAGUCAAGGAGAAACAAAUAUGAAACCAUUGGAACCUAAAAACGUAGUGAACAGCAGGCAAUCAAACAUGAUAGGAUUAAAUGAGAAACCAGCUAAUUACAAAGAUAAUAAAGGAGUUACUACGAAACUGCAAGAUGAACUAUCCUUUGACAGAAGCCUAAAUCAUCAUCCAGAAAAGAAAUGUUCGUUCAAAAACAUGAAAUUCCCGUUUUUUUCCCAUAACAAAAGCCAAACAAGAAAGAAAGCAAAGAAAAGGAAGAUGUUCUGUCUUAACUGCAAGAAAAAAGAUGCCGUAACGACGUCUACAGAGGUUUACGAGGUGAGAAACAAGAAUAAAAGAUCGUAUGUGGAAAAAUUGUGUCCGGAAUGUCAACAGAAAUUUAAGGCUGAAAUUAAUGAAGACAUGGUUGAUGAAAAAAGAAGACUUAACCAGAGAAUGAUACAUAACAGUAGACAAUAUUUUGCUGCAAUUGAUAAUGAAGGUAUAAAUAAACCUAUAAACCGUUUACCAAAGACAGGAGACGAUAGAUCUGAUGACAUUCCUUUAUCGCAGUACGUGAGAAGAAAAAGAGAUAAAUUUGAAGAUAGGGAUAGAAGAUUGCAGGAAUUAGAUCUAAUACAAAAGAAAGUCGAUAAUGUUGAGAUACACAUGCCCCGUUUUGGAAAGCCAGUUCAGGUGUAAGUGAGCGUCAAGCUUAGGUAUAUUUAGAUGUAAUUUAUUUUAUAAAUAAAAAUAUAUAAUCAAUAUGA